CAAAAACGAAAACCAACUGGAAGUUCAUGCAAAAGCAGUUUCUUACCAAACCCGCAUUGCGUUUCCAUUUUUCUUGACGUGGCGAGCGAGAAAAUUAUGUGAAAAAUCAUUUACUUCCCGACCAAAAGCGAGUUCCAGUGCAUAAAUUAAUCACAGGUGUUUUGUGCAAAGGUGUUUUGAGUGCGAUAGAGCAAAAGGUGCAAUGGAAAAAGCACUGCCUUCCGCCCAAGCAGAGCCUGAAAUGAAAGGCUGGCUGCUCAAGUGGACAAAUUAUUUGAAAGGAUAUCAGCGACGAUGGUUUGUGCUGUCCAAUGGUGUUUUAUCAUACUACAGGGCUGAACAUGGAACCGGACCUAAUAUGGGCGGUCGGAGUGCCGGGGGCAAAUUAUCAAUCAGACGUCGGCGAAAGGGCCCCCGACAGGAGAAUCAAGCUGAAAUGUCCCACACAUGUCGUGGAACAAUAUCCCUGCAUGGGGCUCUAAUUCAUACUGUGGACUCCUGCACGUUUGUUAUAUCCAAUGGAGGCACUCAGACAUUUCACAUUAAGGCCGCCAAUGAAGUGGAGCGUCAAUCAUGGGUAACAGCUCUUGAAUUGGCCAAAGCCAAAGCCAUAAGAACUAUGGAGAGUGAAGAGGAAGAGGAGGACAACAACGCAUUAGCAAUUCCAAGUGAGGAGUUAAAUGUGGUCAUUCGUGAUUUGACUGCCAGACUUGAGAACCUCAAAACUUGCUACGAUCUCAUUUCGAAGCACGGUUCAGCUCUCCAGAGAGCACUGGCUGAUCUUGAGAAUGGUGAUGAUUUGGCCAAUAAGACAAAAGUUGUCAACGAAAGGGCUACACUUUUCCGGAUAUCUGCUAAUGCAAUGAAAAAUGCUUGUUCGGAAUAUUUGCAGACAGCCCAGAGUCAGGGUCAUAAAUGGUCCAAAAUGCUGCAACAUGAACGUGAUCAGAGGCAACAUUUGGAGGAGAUGGUGGAGCAAUUGGCCAGACAACAUUCGCAUCUGGAACAGGCAGCUCAUCGUCAUCGACCAAAUGUGGCCACAUCAGCAACGUCCGACGAUGAAGACAAUGAAUUUUACGAUGCACAAGAGGAGGGUGCUUCAACAAAUAAUUCCCAAGAAGAUAGUUCAUUCAUACUGAAGAUACCAAUGGCACAUCGAAGGGGAUCAAAUGAUGCCACUGGAAGCUCUUCGGAGGGUGAAGAGGGCAACAGUGAGACACAACAGGUGUUGGUGGUGACGGAGAAAACAAAAGAGAAUUCAUUGGAUGCCGUUGAUCGUGUAUCAAAUGCAUCACAGUCAAUGUCACUAGUUUCAACACCGAAGGCAAUUAGAAAGAGACGUACACGCGUUCCGGACAAACCCAAUUAUCCACUCAAUUUGUGGUCAAUUAUGAAAAAUUGCAUUGGGAAGGAACUGUCCAAGAUACCCAUGCCCGUGAACUUCAAUGAACCCCUAUCGAUGCUACAGCGACUGACAGAAGACUAUGAGUAUGCUGAUUUGUUGGAUAAGGCGGCACAGUGUGAGGAUCCAUGUGAACAAUUGGCUUAUGUGGCAGCAUUCACAAUUUCUAGCUAUUCCACUACAAGCAAUCGAACUGGGAAGCCCUUCAAUCCCUUACUUGGUGAGACAUAUGAGUGUGACCGUUUGGAUGAUUUGGGUUGGAGGUGUGUGGCAGAACAAGUGUCACAUCAUCCACCCAUGGCGGCAAUUCACUGCGAAGGUAAGGGUUGGAGUUGUUGGCAAGAAUUCACAAUGACGACAAAAUUCCGAGGGAAAUAUCUUCAAGUGAUACCCCUUGGAGUGGCUCAUGUGGACUUCAGUGCAACAGGAAAUCGCUAUUCGUGGAGAAAGGUCACAACCACCGUCCAUAAUAUAAUUGUGGGCAAACUGUGGGUGGAUCAUCAUGGAGAUAUGGAUAUUGUGGGAGAAAACAGUGCCACAGGGAUAAAAUGCCAUUUGAAAUAUAUUCCCUAUUCAUACUUUACACGUGACACCCAGAGACGCGUCAAAGGGGUUGUGAUGAAUGCAGAUGGUCAGGUGAAGUGGGUGUUGAAUGGUACGUGGGACAAUAAAAUUGAAAUAGCUCCCGUGAUAUCGACCAAUGGCACCAAAGACAGUCCAAUUUACAAAACGGGCAAUUACAAAACCAUCUGGUCGAGACGUCUGCCCCCCUUGGAUAGUGAUAAGUAUUAUAGUUUCACAACGCUAGCGUGUCAAUUGAAUGAAUGGGAGGAAGAUGUGGCGCCAACGGACUCACGAAGGAGACCCGAUCAGAGACUCAUGGAGGAGGGAAAAUGGGAUGAUAGCAACUCGGAAAAAGUCAGACUCGAAGAAGCACAACGAUUGCGCCGAAGAGAACGGGAAGCAGAGGCAGAGAGUGCAGCUUCAGAAGGACGUCCAUAUCCACCUUAUGAACCUGUUUGGUUCACAAAGCUUAAGGAAGAGGGGAAUGAUACAUUGUUUCAUGUGUACAAAGGAAACUACUGGGAGUGCAAAAACAAGCAAGACUGGUCAAAGUGUCCUAGUAUCUUCUGAGAAACUGAAUUUCCUCGUGUCCAGGACGUAUUACGUUGUGCGGAUAUAUAGGUGAAAAAAAAAUUAAUCUACCAUGAGAGUAAUUUUUUGUAUAAUGUGAAAAUGACAAUUUUCAAUGAGAUAGAUUUGCAAUUUGCAAUUACAAUUUGAGAAAAAAAAAAGUUUUCAUAGAAUAAAAAAGACUUCAUGUCUCUUUUGGCUUAAAAACUUUUUUGACAUUCUGAAUAGCAGAAUUUUCAUGAGGAUAUAAUGCUACAGCAACAACAAAAGUAAAUAAAAUUGAAAAAUAAUUUUUUUAUUGAAUAAUAUUCAAAUAUUUGACAAAAAGAAACAACAAAUAUGAGAAAGAACUAUAACAGUGAAUUUAUGGAAAAUUGAAUAUUUCUUGUGAAUGUAAAGAGAUUUAAGAAAAAAAAAGAAGAACUUUCAAUAGGCUGUCAAGUUAAUGAAAUAAAAUGAGGAUUAAAGAAAAAAACGAAAACAAAUAUGCUACUCCCAAUACACAAAAUGUAUUAAAUGAAUAUAUAUAAAUAACCACAUUUAGGUGAAAUCACUGAAUUAUCUCUAAAAUAUCCCUCUCACCUAAUGUAACAUUGUCUUUUUAUGCAGUUUGUAGGCAUCGAGUAUUUUUUAGAAAUCGUUAUUGCGUUGAAAAUCAAAAUUAAUUCUUUCUAAUUAAUACACUUUACCGUAAUUUAAUUUAAAAAUAAAACUAAGAAAUUUUGCAGGGAGAUAUUCGAAUUCUUGAGUAAGUUCUACCCAGAAAUUUCAAGCUUAUGCCUUCUACAGUCAAGUGUGCUAAUCCGGGCGCUUCGCUAUCUGGAUCGUUUAUGACUAAUCCACUUAAAAUAAUAUUUUUUUAUUUUUAUUUUCGUAAUAUAAUCACUAAAGUAACAUAAUAUAACUAUUCAAAUUUGAUAAAAAGCAAAAAUAAUAUUUUUAUUCAUUAAAUAAGUGAGUGUAAUCGACUCAUUUCAAUUUUGUGACAUUUGGGUUCUUCACUAAAAAUUUUCUAGCAGUGAUAUUUUCGCUAAUGACAGCUGGUUGAUUGAAAACAUUUAUUGUUUUUUCCUUGUGAAAAAAAGUAUUUUAAAUCCAAAUGUUUAAUUAAAAGUGAAUUAGCGAAAAGAUGACCCACUUACUGCAUGCUGACUUAUUUCAGUAUUAUCAUUAUUUUAUAAAUUUUCUUUAAUAUUUUUGAUAAUUUUUUUUAAUAUUAUGUUUCUGAAUGAAACAGUGAAUAAUUCUAUGGAUUUAGAAGAAGUAAAAAAGAAUAUCAUCAGUCCAAAAACAAGCGUUUAAGUAGCACUCUUCGGAAAACGAUCCAUUUACCCCACCUUACUAUAAUUUUUUUGUAAAAUGGACAUGUUUAAUGUUGUCUACACACUAGCACUAGAAGCUAUUUUAGUCAAAAAUUGCGCCUUUUAAAAAAUUCUGACGUUUCUGCCAACAACACUGAGGAAAAAAGAGGGUGCGAUUAACAUUUUUUCCUCAUAACUUAACACAUUUUAGGUGUAAAAAUAUAUCAACAUUUUUUAAUGUUAAUUUUACACCUUUUUAAGGGUAAAAUUAACAUGAAAAAGGGUAACUUUAACCCUCAAUACACAUAAAAAGGGUAAUAUUUACACCGAUUUCGGAUCAAUACUGCAGGAUAAAAUUAACAUUUCCGGAAUGUUAUUUUAACUUUUCGGAUUUCUCUCAGUGAAGGAUAGGGAAAAAUUUCUUUAAAAAGGCAUUUUUUAAGGAAUUGUUUCUAGGGUGUAGAGGUCAUAAAGGAUAAUAUCUUUGACCUUGAAAAGAAAUAACGUAAGGUUUCAAGGUUAUUAGCAUGUAUGAACAAAAUAUCCAUCUGGGCAACAUCUAGAGAAGGAGCGGUUUGAGGGAAAAGUAAGAUUAUCAUUUUAAUCUCAGUGACCUCUAUUAGUAAAAUGACAUUUAACUCUUUCGCGUCAUUAGGGUCAUAUAUGACCCGGGGAAAAAACAAUUUUUUUUGAUUUUUUUUUAAAUUGAAAUCUAUCUGUUUGUGCACGACAUCAUAAUAGAAGGAUGUAAGAUUCUUGGCUAAUUUUCUCAAGACUCCAGAUAUUCAGGAAAAGAAAAUAUUUGAUAUCAAAAGUCACGAAUUUCGAACUUUGUGAAAUGACUUUUCCUUUUCAAAAUUUUUUAUAUUCAUUUAUUUUUUUCAGCAAAAAGUUCUUUAGAAACACAAAAUAGAAUAUCUAAAGAUUGUAUAUUGCAUAUUUUGAUAUAAUAAACUACUCUCAAUUUUCCUAGAAAAGCACGUAGAAUUUUCCGGGUCAUAUAUGACCCUAUUGUCGGCAAGGGUAAAAGUUUAUGAAAGUGUUUUCGUGCCAACAAUGUAGUUGGGACAUUGUUUUUCUUUGUGAAAUCCAGGAGGAAAAUAUAUUGCUCCUGGACAUUUCGUCUUAUAUCUGAUGAAUUAUAACAUAUUUUGCAAUAUUUUAGAGUAUUCUGCAAGUGUCCCAUAUUGUGCAAUUGUAUUGUGUCCGAAUAAAUAUGUAGAUAAGUUUAUUUUUGCCAAAUACCAUUCAAAAUAGUGUGACAGAGACUGUUCAAGGCAUUACACAGGAGGAUUCCUUGAACACCAGGAGUACAGUGUCCAUCAAAACAAUCCAGUUUGCCAUGGUUUUGGCCAAAUUAAUAAGUUCAAACAAAAAAAAUCUUACAAAGCCCGUGAUAUAGAUUUUGAUAAUGGUAUGUACACUUCCCUUGAGGACAAUAGGGUCAUAUAUGACCCGGGGUUUUUCCGAGUUUUGACGCAAUGGAAAUUUAUUUUCCUCUCAGAACUAUUAUAUUUUUGAUCAUAAAGUAUUAUGAAAACCCCAAUUUUACAUGAAUUCACUUGCUGAAUAAAAGUGUGACGCGAAAGAGUUAAAAGAUUAAUCAGUUCGAUUAACUUAUCAAACUUUCAAUAUUUCCGUUCGCUUCUGGGGAUUCGCUUGUAAAAAUAUUUACAAAAAAAGAGGAACUUAUUAUUACUUACUUGUAAAGGAGGCGUGGCCUAAUUUUAACUGCUCGAACACCAAGAGAGAGCAGUUUUUUAACUCAUGAUAAGGAGGCUGGACAUUAUUAUCGUCAUAUUUUUAAUUUUCAUGACAUUUUUAACGUUUAUGCAGAACAUUAUGAUAAAGAUUGUCUAAUUUAAGAUGCAAACCAAAUUCACUCUUGUAACUACACUGAGAAAAAAAGAGGGUGCGAUUAACUUUUUUUCCUCAUAAUUUUAACACUUUUUAGAUGUAAAAAUAUAUCAAAAUUUUUAAAGUUAAAUUUACACCUUUUUAAGAGUAACAUUAACAUGAAAAAGGGUAACUUUAACCCCCAAUACACCUAAAAAGGGUAAUAUUUACACCGAUUUUGGAUCAAUACUGCAGGGUAAAAUUAACAUUUCCGGAAUGUUAUUUUAACUUUUUCGGAUUUCUCUCAGUGUAUAAACAAAAUUAUGUUCGGUUAUUGUUUGUUUAUGGAAACUGUGUCUUGGAUUAAGGGGAAAUGGUGUGUUAUACGAGAUGUUAAAUAUUGCACAUAGCUAGCUCUGUUUAUAACCAGAUAAUCGUCUUACUGAAAAGGAAUAGUUCUAAGUUCAGCAACUUAACUCAAGAAAUCGAAUACUUACCUCCCCGUGCAAAGUGCGAAACUUCAAAUAAAAUGCGGUAAUUGUGUUUCACUUUUUUAUUCCUAACAUAGUCUUCCUGAAAAUUACAUUUGGGUUUUUAAUGCGAUGUUCUGGAUUAAAGCCUAUGCAAUCUGUUGUUUUUUUUGUAUACACAGAAUGAUGCGAAAUAUGAGUAUGAUCAGUAUGUUAGAUUUUUAAUGCAGAGCUACAGUUCAACACCAAAAUUCUUAGGCUGUCCAAUUAAUUUAUUAUAAUGGUAUUUCACGGUGAAUAAAUUUUGAAAAGUAUCAAAAAAAAUAAUGGACAUGACUUGUGCUAAGAAUUUUGGGAUGCAACUGUUGUAUGUACACAAUUCUCCUAUUAAAUAGCUUCAAAUUUAUACUUUUCAUGUUUUAACAUGGAAUGAAUGUUCGGGUUUCGAAUGGUGUUAAGUGAAGAAGGUAAAUAAGAAGGAAAAUAGAAUUUUUGAAAAAUAAGAUUUGCAAAGGAAUAAAUGUUUUAGGUGAAAAGUCUCUGUGUAAAUAUGUUGGAAAGGGAAUGAUGAAAAUGAUGAAGCUGCUUGUAAUUAAUUUAAUUGAUAAAAAAAAUUACUAAAGUACAGGACUUUAAUAAAAAUAUUAAUUACAAAAAAA